AUGGCGUUCGAAGAUCGUUGCAGUCCGAACCAGGCGAACAGUCCUGGGCCAGUGACGGGAAGAGUUCCUGCUCCACACCCUGAGACACCGAUGAGCUACUGCCCACCAAGUCAGUAUACUUGCACCACGAUAGAUUCGAGAUAUGAGCGAACCUCCCCUAAUAUGACGAUAGUCAAAGUGCAACCAAACUCUCCGCCCCCAAGUCCUAUGAAUCAGAGUGAGAUGGACGGAUUCCAAAACUACUACAGGCCUGAAACGCCUGAUGUGAAACCUCAGAUAGGAAUAGAAGAUCAGCGGUUUGAGAAUGAUAAAUUAAGGGCACAAAGGCCCCAACCGUCUGUGCCUAUAGCCUUCUCAAUCAAUAACAUCCUACACCCUGAAUUCGGACUUAAUGCGUUAAGAAAAACGAACAAGAUCGAAGGUCCCAAACAAGUUGGGCCCAACCACAGCAUUUUAUAUAAACCCUACGACUUAUCGAAACCACAAAAUGAUUUUCAAAAAUACAGUUUCGAUUACCUUAAAUCUAAAGAGUCGGAGUUUGGGUCCUUACCGCCACUUGGGGGCUUACGACAGACGGUUUCCCAAAUUGGGGAGCAGGUUCCUAAAGAAAGGGAGAUGCCUAAGGUGAUAGAGAAUCAGAAAAGGCCUGAUUCAGCAAGUUCUGUGGUUUCUUCAACGUCGAGUGGUGCUUUAUCGACUUGUGGGAGUACAGAUACAAAUAGUCAGUCAGGAAACGGGACAUUAUGGCCAGCUUGGGUUUAUUGCACUAGAUACAGUGAUCGGCCUAGCUCUGGUCCAAGAAGUAGAAGGAUGAAGAAGAAAGCUAUGCCCGAAGAGAAGAGACCAAGAACUGCUUUCAGCGCUGCUCAACUUGCUAGAUUAAAGCACGAGUUCGCAGAAAACCGCUAUCUAACAGAGAGAAGACGACAAAGCCUGGCAGCAGAACUCGGCCUGGCGGAGGCACAGAUCAAGAUCUGGUUCCAGAACAAGCGAGCCAAGAUCAAGAAGGCGUCUGGCCAGAGGAACCCACUGGCUCUACAGCUCAUGGCACAAGGCUUGUAUAACCACAGCACUGUCACCGAAAGCGAUGAAGAAGAAGAGAUUAAUGUCACGUAA